GUUUGAAAAGAUUCACUCGGCGCGUGAUAAUAACAGAAAAAAGGCGCGAGCUGCUCAGAUUAGCAUUUUAUCUUUAGCAGUUAGCAAAUAAACAAAACGAUGGUGUUCUGGUGUUAGAAGAAGAUGCAGUUUGUGGAAGAGUAUGAUUCUGUCUACAUUCCCGAGGAACAGCAGGAUGAGGAUUCGGACGAGGGAACGGAUAAAGCUGAGCUCCUGCACUCCAACAGCUGCCUGAGGACGUUAUACACCGACCUGCAGAAAGCCGUCGAAAUGGCAGAGGACAGCAACGCGCUCCUCAGGACCGAGAACAGCGAGCUGAAGAACCAGAUCAGAAGCAUGAAGCAGUCGAUUCAGCAUGUGCAGCCGCUUGUGAAUGAACUGGAGGACAUUCGAGCUGCGAAGACAGAGAAAGAUCAGAUCUGUGAGGAGAUCGAAGCCAGCCGCAAAGAGCUCGUAAAGGAAAACGAAACGCUCAGGCAGCAGGUAGAAGCACUUUCUAGUGAGACGUCGAGUUUUCUCCUGGAGAGAGAGCAGCAGGAGACGGAGGUCACCAAGCUCAGCUGCGUCCUCAGAGCUUUACAGCAACAGCUAGAGGAGAACCGGCUUCAUCUGGAACAAAAAGAUGAACUCAUAAAUCAGAGGGAUUUUGUCAUCGAGCAGCUCAAAGACUCAGUGUCAGAGUACAUCACCAUUAACCAGGACAUGAAGGAGAAGCUAAAGGAUUUGGAAGACCAGUUGGCUUUGGCGUUAGUUAGCGGUGAAGGGAGCUUCAUGAACGUGGAUACGACGCUGGAGCUCGCUCCUGAGCACUCCGUUUCACUCGGGGAAGAGCUCGGAAUUCUGUCCAAGGAUCAGAUGAACCCUGACGAGGAGGAACAGAAAGAGGAGGAAGAGAACGCAGAAGCUCUGGAGGAACAAGCAGCACUUUAUGUGUCCGAAACCGUGACUGAGAGCUGUAAGAGAAAUAUAAGGAAGGGAGCCUGUGCUGCUGUCGCGCUCUGCUUCAGCGUGCUGGGGCUGUUCGGAGCGCUGACUCCCACCGUGCGCACAGACGUCUUGGACACCAUCCGUCACCUGAUCGAACCCUACUGCCGAAUAUAUCACACCGGCCUUCCCCCUGUGUAAACACAAAUCCACUCCGCUGUCCAGUGACCGGGGUUAUCGGGUUAUCGGUUUAUUGAUUGAUAAGUUACACGGUUGCUGUUCUAGAAGUAAAACAAUAAAAAUAAGACGUGUCACUGGAGUUGAAAUUACAGCUGACUGUUCAGUAGUUUGUUUGUUUUUUCCCCCCAAACUCUGAUAAUGUGAUAUCGAUUAAUCAUUCCGCAUCGAUUUCCAAUUAAAUAUAAACAAGCAUAAGAGCGUUAAACUGAAAUAUAUAUAUUUAAACAUUUGUGCGUAAAAGUUUGUACAGAUUUCAUAAAUCCAUAUUAAUGCCCCUGGUUCUGGAAUGUGAUGUCCACAUACUUUUGGCCAUAUAGUGCAUGUAUACUGAUAUACAUAAUAAUAAUAAAAUAAUAAUAUUAAUAAUAUUAACUAAACAAUCAUAAUAAUAUUUCUGACUGUCUCUAUAAAUCUGAACUUUUAUCUCACUUUUUAUUCUUGUUUAUUCUUUAUUCUCUUUAAAUUUUAUAGAUGAUUUUGUUACUAAACUUCCCCUUAAACACUAAUAUUAUUAAAUUUCUUCUCCAGCUUUGUGAAACUUAUUGCAUGUUUUCCUCAUUUCCUCAUAAUUAACUCACACAACUAAAACUUUUCAUGUCUUAAAUAAGACUUAAUAAAGUGAGCAUUUUAAGACAUUAGACACUUUAAUUAGAAAUGAAGAAAAAUAAUUAAUUAACUAGCCACGUCAACAAAGUGUAAAUUUAAAAAGAUUGUUGCCUGAAGCUUAGUUGCUGUUUCAAGGUGAGACACUACAGGAGAAAAAAAAAAGAUAUCCAUCGAUCUUCACCAAGUUUUUAUUUAUAUUUUAAUGUAUUUUAAAAUGUAUGUUUAUUUAUACAAAUGAGGUUUCUGAAAAGCAAAACAUUUAUGGCAGAGUUUGUUGGAAAAUCUUUAUUGUUUAAUCAAGAAAUCAUGCAUUGUUAUUUUAAAAAAUAUGUUCAAUAUUUAUUCAACAGUAUUUAACAUUUUGGGAAAUUGCUCUGUAAUAACAUCCUUCUAAACGGGGAUAGAUAUGAACCUGUAGAACUGUGAAUGAUUACUGAUUCCUAAUAUAGGGGGGAAAAAAGAACAUUUUUAAUUCUAGUGUGGUUUAUAAGUUUUUUUUUAAAAAAGUAAAUCGACAUGUAUAUCAAAAUAACAUCCAUACACACACACACACACACACACACACACCCUGAUCAGCCGUAACAUUAAACCCACUGAGAUCUGAAGUGAGUAACGUUGAUUAUCUCGUUACAGUAGCACCUGUAAAGGUGAGGGAUUUAUUAAGCAGCAAGUGACCAGUCAGUUCUCGAAGUUGAUGUGUUGGAAGCAGGAAAAAUGGGCAAGCGUAAGAAUCUGAGUGACUUUCACAAGGACCAAACUCUGAUGUCUAGACGACUGGGUCAGAGCAUCUCCAGAACAGCAGGUCUUGUGAGGUGUUCCCGGUGUGCAGUGGUUAGUACCUACCAAAAGUGGUCCAAGGAAGGACAACCGGUGACCCAGCGACAGGAUCACGGGCUCCCAAGGCUCACUGAUGCACGUGGGGAGUGAAGGUCCGUCUGGUUCGAUCCCACAGAAGAGCUACUGUAGCACAAACUGCUGAAAAGUUAAAGCUGCUCUGAUAGAAAGGAGUCAGAACACACAGUGCAGCGUGCUGCGUAUGGAGCUGCGUAGCUGCAGAGCGGUCAGAGAGCCCAUGCUGACCCUGUCCACCACCCAAAGCUCCUACAAUGGACACGUGAGCAUCAGAACUGGACCAUGGAGUAAUGGAAGAAGGUGGCCUGGUCUGAUGAAUCACGUUUUCUUUUACAUCAUGUGGACGGCCGGGUGUGUGUGUGUGUGUCACUUACCUGGAGAAGAGAUGGCACCAGGAUGCACUGUGGGAAGAAGGCAAGCUGGCAGAGGAAGUGUGAUGGUCUGGGCAAUGUUCUGCUGGGAAACCUCGGGUCCUGGCCUUCAUGUAGAUGCUAUUUUGACACGUACCACCUACCUGAGCUCUGCUGCAGACUGAGUUACACCUCUUCAUGGCAACGGUAUUCCCUAAUGGCAGUGGCCUCUUUCAGCAGGAUGAUGCUCCCUGACACACUGCAGAAACUGUUCAGGAACGGUUUGAGGAACAUGACAAAGAGUUCAAGGUGUUGACUUGGCCUCCAAAUUCCGCAGAUCUCAAUCCGAUCGAGCAUCUGUGGGACAAACAAGUGGACAAAAAGAACAGUGAAAUAAGCAUUUCUCUUAAGUUUUAGUAUUUUUAUUACUACAGGUUAAGAGUAUACAUGUUAUAGAUGCAGUUUAUCCAAAAAUCUAAAAAUGAUUGAUUAAAACUGAAUCUGUGGUGUCUUGC